UGUGUUUGAUGAGAAAGAGGGGGUUGGCUUUAGUGUGAUGUGAAUGGAAUAGAAUCAGCGCGAGAGGGAGAAAGAGGGAGGAGGACAGCACAAAUCAACCUGCCUCUUGACUUUAACAACAGAAUAGAGGAGCCGGCAGACGCAGAGAUCGGGAAGUGUGCGCGCGCCGUGUUGUUUUAUUUUAUUUUUGGAGAGAGGAAGAGAACAUCAGACAGGAGGAACUGAAGGAGGAGGAGAAAAGCAGCCUCACCGGGGAGAUAGAUAGCAGAAAAAUGCUGUCAUGGGGAGAGAAGGGGAGGGAGUCGGCAGAGAGGAACAGGAUGAAACAAGGCAGGGUCGAGCAGAACUGAAAUGUGGAGGUGGCAAGUGGAGGAGACCAAAACGGAGGCUGCAGGCACUGAAGAGUGCAAACGAACGGCUGCCAUGUUAGACAAGUCGAUACAGACAGGACCUCUCCAACACAGAGGGCAGAGAGUCGGGCUCCAGUGAUGAUCCUCUCAUCCUCACGCCACAGGAAGGAGCACCCCGCGACUGGAGUACCACCCAACCACACAUCUGCACACCUGGAUGGACCCGUGCAGCAAGCAACAGCUGCAUUUUCUCCUCUGUCUUCAUCAUUCACACUCAAGAAACUCAUUGACAACACGCGGCGUCUCGCAGGGGCCUCUAUGAGAGCCUCGAGGGUUGAGAAGGUUCACCAGUCUUAAGUGGUGUGAAUGAGGACUACAUUUGUUGCUUUCACUCAGCUGGAUUUUUCAUCUUCGUGCACAGUGUUCCCGCUUCACACCAGCACCAUAGAGACCAGGACAGAAAUUUAACUGGGAGAGCAGAAAGCUCUGGAACACAUUGGAGAAAACGUCACCGGACCGGAGUCAGUUUCUCAAGCACCAUGCAGUCAGAUGACCUCUUCAUCCGCAAGUUUCGCCGUCAGAAUGUGCGGCCGCCAAUCGCCACCGUUAACUUUGACCCCAAGCGGGAGGCCGGUGUGGUGGAGUGGCCCCCCAGGAGGGACGGCGACGGAGCCGAAGCGGACAGCCUCACUCCGAGCCGGGUGGGGCUGAACCUGCGGGGCAUGGGCCGGGGCCACAUCAUGCAGAGGAGCAACAGCGAUGUAACCUUAGGAGACCUGGACUCCUCUGGGAAGGCAGGGGGGAAAGCAGCUCGGGUGGUGGGUGAGAAGGUGGGUGCGGGCGCUCAGGGGGACUCAGGGGUGCUGCUACACAGGGAAUACGGCAGCUUGUCGUCGCUGGAAAGACAAACUCAAGCUCAGGAGCCGAGCGCAGAUGACCAGGGGCCCCUGAGCCCCAAUGCCCUCCGCUUCAAAGACCCUUUCCUGCUUUUAGGACUUCAGGGCAACCCUCCAGAGCCUGACGGAUUCUUCAGGGGUCUGUCCGUUUCAGGAGACUCCCCAAAACCUGCGAAGCCUCCGAAACCUGACAGUCUUAUUAAAAAGUCCAAACCUGUCCCCCCUCAGAUCCCUCAACCAGGUCCGUACGACAACAUCGGGGGCGGAGCCUGGGUGAGGAACUUUGCCCACUAUGACGUUCAGAGCAUCCUCUUUGACCUCACCGAGGCGGCCACAAACAGAGACAGCAUUGGACGGAAAAAGAAUAUCACCUCAGGGGCUUCGGCUGCCUCCCAGCUGCGCCCCCUCCCCCAGUCCACCCCUUCCUCACCUGCACAGGGCGGAGGAGGCAACGGGGCCAAUGCAGAUGACCCCGAGCAGUCGCUGCUGCUGGAUGAAGGCGACGGCAAUGAUAAUGAGCUCCUCCUCAGCUGCCCGCACUUCCGAAACGAGACAGGGGGAGACGAGCAGGUGGGUCUGGGUCGGUCCCAGGGCAGACGGGGACUGUGGUCAAGCCUGCGGACCCCCAACGAUGCCGUUUCGGUGCUGGAGGAGCCCAGAGAGAGUCACGUCCAGCUCCAGGGCAAGAGCAACUACUUUAUAGAGCAUGCCGACCUGGGAGCCCAUUACUAUCGCAAAUAUUUCUACAUGAAAGAACACCAGAACUUCUUUGGAAUGGAUGAUCGCCUCGGUCCAGUGGCCAUCAGUUUCCGUCGAGAGGAGAAGGAAGGAACCAGCGGAGCUCAGUACAAUUACAGAAUCAUCUUUCGCACCACAGAGAUGAAGACGCUGCGAGGUUCCAUCCUGGAGGAGUCGGUGCCCUCUGCUGCCCGUCACACGACCCCCAGAGGAUUGUCUCCCAAGAGGCUGCUGGAGUUCAUCAUGCCUGAACUAAACCUGCACUGUCUUCGCCUGGCCUCCAACUCCCCCAAGGUCCGGGACACCCUACUGAAGCUGGAUGAGCAGGGGCUGAACUUUCAGCGAAAGGUCGGGGUGAUGUACUGCCGGGCCGGCCAGAGCUCAGAGGAGGACAUGUACAACAACGAGAGCUCCGGACCAGCGUUUGAGGAGUUCCUGGAUCUGCUCGGGGAGCGGGUGCGGCUGAAGGGCUGGGAAAAAUACCGAGCUCAGCUGGACAACAAGACGGAUUCAACUGGAACACAUUCCCUCUACACGCGCUACCAGGACUACGAGAUUAUGUUUCAUGUGUCCACCAUGCUGCCCUACACAGCCAACAACACACAGCAGCUGCUGAGGAAGCGACACAUAGGUAACGACAUCGUGACGAUCGUGUUCCAGGAGCCCGGCGCGCUGCCCUUCACUCCAAAGUCCAUCCGCUCCCAUUUCCAACAUGUCUUCAUUAUCGUUCAGGUUCAUGAGCCCUGCACUGACAACACCUAUUACAGGGUGGCUGUGACACGCUCUAAAGACAUCCCAUUAUUUGGCCCUCUGUUCCCUAAGGGCGCCCGCUUCCCUCGCUCGCCGGCCUUCAGAGACUUCCUCCUGGCAAAAGCUGUGAACGCUGAAAACGCCGCGGAGAAGUCGGAGAAGUUCCGCUCCAUGGCCACGCGCACGAGGCAGGAGUACCUGAAGGACCUGGCGGAGAACUACGUGACCACCACGCCCAUCGACUCCUCCACCAAGUUCCCCCUGCUCUCUCUGGGCGGCAAGCGCAAAGACAAGCUGAAGGGCGCCAAGGGGGCCGAGCUGCACAGUGCCGGGGCGCUGGUGUGGGCCGUGAUGGUCAACUGCAGAGAUGAGUGGGAGGCAGGAGAGCACAAACUCCCCUGUCUUCUCGGGGUGUCGGCCGAGUCGGUGGUGCUCAUCGAGAGGUGCACUCGCAGGGUGGUGUUCAACUGCUCCUGCAGGGACGUCAUCGGCUGGAAGGCGGUGACGGAGACUAAAGAGGGGGGACCCUGCUUGGAUAUCUUCUACGAGCGAGGGGAGUCGGUGUCGAUCACGGUGAUGGAGAGCCAGGCGGAGGACAUACGAGAAGUGGUGCAGAGGCUGGAGCUGGUGACGAGGGGCUGCGAGGCGCUGGAGGUCACCCCUCUGCGUGACGGAGUCGGGCAGCCGGGCUUCCUGAUGAACGAGGAGGGUUUCGUGACGGAGCUGCAGCGGUUCUGCUACGCCGAGAGCGGAGGCCUGCAGCUGUGGGCUCGCGUGGUGCGGCUCUGCGGACACUCGUUGGUUCACCUGAGCCCCGAGGAGAGGACCAGGCUGCUCCGCACUGCGCACAAGAUCCACAUCACUGUCAUCCCGCCGGACGAGAACGGGAAGCCUCGCAGAAGUUUCUCUGAGCUGUACCUGAAAGCCAUCAAGGACGCGGAGUGCAAGCCGGGCGAGGAUCAGUCCGGAGAGGCCUGGGUGCUGGAUGAGAGGGAAGAAGAGGAGGAGGAGGAGGAAGAGGAGGAGGCCAGGGAGGACGAGCAGAAGGCAGGCGGGGUCGAUGAGGCGGACACGACGGAGGUGCAGGUGGACGCCGAAGAGGGCGAAGAGCAGCCGUGUGACAAAGGGCAAAGCGACAGAGGUCAGGGAUCGCUCCUCACGCCGCCCAGCUUACCUUUGCUACGGGCCACUUCUCUGCAGGACCAAUCAGCCAAUCAGAGCCAGGAGGGCAGCACCUCGCAGCUCACACGCAGCCUCUCUCUGGAGCGACAGCCGUCCUACAGCGACACGUGCGACGGGCAUGUGUACGACAACGUGGGGGUGAAGGCGGACCGCCACAUCUAUGAGAACCUCGGGGAGCUGAGGGACGCCACACCUGAUCUCAUCCUGGCUGUCAAACCCAAGGUUCCCUUAGAGGACGAACAGUUCAUGGCGGCUGAGUUUGGCGAUGACAAAGCUUCGGCGAGCGACUCCUCUCUCUCGUCCUCGCGGUUGUCGUGCGUGGAUCGAGCUGAAAGAAAUUCACGAGCUCUGAGUCUUCACAACUCCAUCACAAAGAUUCUCUCGGAGACCACGGAUUCCACUGAGGAGGAGUGGCAGUCCAUCGCUGACCUGGCCACAGCCUGCCGCAGCAUCCUGGAGGCUUUGUCACGAGAGGAUCGCAAAGCCGGAGACCCCUCCCAAGGAGGAGCAGACCAGACAGACGGCAAGCUGAAAGACCCAAAGGAGAGUGACUCUCCAGGCCACCUAGAAGAGAAGGUAUCGCAGCUGGAGGCCAUGCUGAAGAAGCUGCAGGAUGACCUGCAAAAGGAGAAAGAGGACAAGGCGGUGCUGCAGGCCGAGGUGCAGAGCCUCAGGCAGAACAACCAGCGGCUGCAGGAGGAGUCGCAGAGCACGGUGGCCCGCCUCAUCAAAGUCACCGAGCUGCUGUGCAACGUCAACAAGCCCUGUUAGCUUCACGGCACAAUUACGCAGAAAUCCGCGGCAUGAUGCAAACCGUACAAUGCGCUCCUGUACGCUCAACGCACUUGUUUUCUUCAUACAUAUUUGCGAAAGUAAACACACACACACACACCUAUCCUCUUCAACCUGUGUGUCAAGCACAGACUCUGUCCUGAAUCCUGGACCUGCCUGCCUGCCGGUGAGGGAGUAUGCAAAUCAAUUCAUAAAAGAGAAAAACAAAAAAAAAACAGAAAGACAUUUUCAGCAUCCAGUGACGAUCUCCACAGACUGACCAGCACAGGCUGCUGUGUUGCUAUAUGCCAGAGUGCUUCUCUUUGGUUGUGUGUAUGAUACAGUAUGUGUGUGGAUGUGCGUGUGUGUGUGUGUGUGUGUGCCGCAUGUGUGCGUGUACCUUUGCUUCAAAUACUUGACAAGCUGGGCUGAAUAGCACUUGCAUAAAAAAGUGGCAAUUAAGACUGAGAGACACUGUAUAGCAUGUUUGGUGGUGUCUUAUCCGAAAAUGACCAAAAGUGUAUAUAUACAGUAUAUCACCAAUAAUAUAUGUGAACAGUAGUAUUGCUAUCCUCCCUGCCAGACGUGUAGUUGCGAUGUCUGAGUGUGGUUCUGCCUGGCGCUUGUAGUGUGGAAGGCCUCGAUUUAAAAAAAAAAAAAAAGAAGGAAACAUGACAAUGAAGAGCCUGUAGGCAGCCUUCUACUUCAAAAGAUGUAAUGACGCUGACUGACUGGCCUCAGAGGAAGGUCCGUUACGUAAGGACGUCGUUGUUUGCCCUCUUCACUUCUCAGUAGUACUGUAAUUUAAGAAAUUCUGUUUUUAGGGAGAGACAGUGUAAAAAAAACAAACAAAUGAAUGGGAACUGGAAGGAAAAAAAAAAAGAAUGGACUGAGCAUGCCUGGACGUAUGUUUGAAAAACAGUCUUAAAGGGAUACUGAAAAAAGGGUUAUACCUCUCCUGAAGACACAGACUCAUGGCAGGAAAGAACUGCUCCAGCUUCCUUCCAUGAUUGCCUGUAGCUGUUAUCUUCUAACCUCACUAUUGUAGCAGCCAUACUGUAGAAGAUCUCCUCCUGCUGGCCUGAUCCACAGAAUGCCAAAAGGCAGCUUUUCUUUCAGCUGGCAAAAUAGCUUUAGGUGUCUGAAUAAAACACCUUGAACUAAUAGUGAAAUACAGAAUAUUGUAUUUAGAUAUGUUUUGUGUUUGGCGGAUGUCUUCGGUGACUAUUUUGGGUAAUUGUUUACUAUGGCUUAUGAGUGGUAGCGGUAAGGACAGUAGGUGAAAUCUUACCAUUCCCACCCCGGUGUGUGUUUGUGUGUGUUUCUGUGUAGUUCUUGCACUUUUUUUUGUUUUUUUCUUUCUUUUGUAAAAUCAACACUGGACAGGGCACAUACUGUACUUUAUUCAGCCUGCCCAGGUUACGUAUUACUCAACAUAAGAAGGUGGAUAAGAUCUCGUCCCCCUAACGCCACCUUUACCUCACCUUUCUGUGUCCAGUGCCGGCGGCGCCAAUAACAGUGUUCUCAGAGGAGUUGGACUGCUUCUCCUCAGUGCCAACAAAUAAAAAAAGAAAAAAAAAAAAAAAGCCCAGGCAGCUCUCCUGAAUCCCGCCGAAAUCAAAACAGAACUGACCACAAACUAAAACUGCAAACUCUGAACUCAACACAAGAAGGGAUGCCAAACGUUUGCCAGUCACUUAGACUCUGUUGUUUUCUUGUACAAAACUUCCUCUUGUAAUUUUAUUUUAGAGUCACUGUGAAUACCUGGUACCAGCAUAUUAAGAUACGGUAUAUACAGAUUAAAUUAUGAAUCUAAACUUUAUCAGUAUGUGAAGAUACUGUAUGUACAGCUGAACUGUUCCAUGUUAGUGCAUUGGGUCGUGUACGCCCUCCUUUUGCGGGAUGAUUAUGCAGAACAAUUGUCAAUCGCGGCCGUGCGGGCUCCUGUUUCAUCUCCUCCACACGCCGAAGCCUCAUGACUCAACAGGGAGAGACGCUGGUGUGAGAAGACCUGUUUUACUGUGUCUUGUACAGUAUAGUUAUUUAGAUUGUAGGAGGUUGGUCAAGCAUGAGAAUGUGCCAAGCAACUUCCGAGCUCCCCCUCUGUAUGUGUGUAUGUAUAAAAAUGUAACUUAUUAAUCAUGCAAAUGUGGAUUUUCUUGUAGCUGUUUAAACUGAAGGAGGAAAGAAAGUUGUGAGGAUGAAGUUGUGAAAUAAGGCAGAAAGGGGGGAAGGAAAAAGUGGGCUUGGUUCUGAAUUUUACUUUCUUUUGUAGAAAUCCAACAACUAUGAUAUAACAUGACAAAAUGCUAUCUGAAACUCUUAAUGUAACUAUUAUUAUCAUUCUAGUAUUGAGCUAUUUCAGCUGUAGCUCUUACAUAUUUAAUAAGGUCUUAAAACACCAUUAGGUACGCCUUAAUGAGUGAAUCUCUUCUUUCAGAGUGGAUGGUCAAACUGGUCAUACUGGUGUAAUGUGAAGGCUUAUUUCUCUGACUUUGUGCCUACCUGAAAAUGUAAUGUACGUUAACCCAGCUUAGUGAUUUCAUUUCUUUGUCUUUGGUUGCACUUGCACUGAGGUUUUUUUUUGUUGUUGUUGUUGUUGUUUUUUUUUCUUUUAUUAUUUCUUUGUGGCAGAUGAAGGAUUUUAUAAGAGACCAUUACAACAUCUGGUCUUUCAUCCGCUGUGUGAGGAAAAGUCAUUGGCUGCCACGUGAUCCGAAGAUCAGAUAAUAAUAAUAGAUGUGUGUUGUUAAUCUCGAGCAUCACUGAAGGUUCACAGCUCAACGAGUACCACAGAUUGUUCAAAGAGCCGACAAAUAUAUGAUUUUUAAAAGUGAAUUAAAAGGAAAAGGUGCUUAAAAUGA